UCGCCGUCAUGCAACCACCAUCGAACGAAUUCAAUGUGAAUCAGUCGUUUUACUGCACAUUUGUUCGUCCACCGAAAUAGACCACUCAUCCAAUCACCGUUUGGCGUGCAAAUAGCAAUUAGUUUUUGGUUGUUUGUUUUUAGAGAGACAGAAGAUUAAUUGCAUUAUCAUUGUUAAAUUUUAUUGUUGUCGUUGUGAUUUGUUCUGUUGAUUUUAUUUGAAUUCGAAUUUGUGGAAAAUUUUCAACAACAUUCAAAAUGCGCGAAGUGAUGUCGAUUCAUGUUGGCCAAGCUGGCGUUCAAAUUGGUGACACAAUCUGGGAAUUGUAUCGUCUCGAGCAUAACAUUAAUGCGGACGGUACAGCAAAUUCAGCAUCUGAUACGGGCGCAUUUUUCAGUUGCACUGACAAUGGCAAAUUCGUGCCGCACAGCAUUUACGUUGAUCUCGAGCCGACGGUCAUCGGUGAAAUUCGUACGGGUGUGCAUAAAAAUUUCUUCCAUCCAGAAACAUUGAUCUGUGGCAAAGAGGAUGCGGCCAAUAAUUAUGCGCGCGGUCAUUACACGGUCGGAAAGGAAAUUGUUGAUCGUGUGUUGCAACAGAUGCGAAAACAAGUUGAAAAAUUUGAUUGUUUGCAAGGUUUUUUCCUAUUCAAUUCGUUUGGCGGUGGCACCGGUUCGGGUUUUACCGCACUUUUGCUCGAACGCUUGCAAGCCGACUACGCAAAGGCAUUGAAUCUCCAGUUCUCGGUUUAUCCGGCACCAAAGAUUUCAACAGCCGUCGUUGAACCGUACAAUUCCGUUCUGACCACACACAGCACCAUGGACUACGCAAACGUAACAUUUUUGUUUGACAAUGAAGCAUUGUACGACAUUUGUCAACACAGUUUGAAGGUCGAUCGUCCGGCAUAUCGAAACUUGAAUCGUUUGCUUGCCCAAGUGGUUGCAUCAACAACGGCAUCGCUUCGUUUCCAAGGUUCCAUGAAUGUCGAUCUCAACGAAUUUCAAACAAAUUUGGUGCCGUUCCCGCGAAUCCAUUUUCCGUUGAUCGCAUACGCACCGCUGUCUGCCAAGGAAAAAUCAAUGCAUGAAACCAACUCGAUCCGUCAAAUCACAACCAGUUGCUUCGAAGCCAGCAACUGCAUGAUGAAAUGCGAUCCACGCAAUGGGAAAUACAUGGCUUGCUGCAUGCUAUACCGUGGAGACGUUGUGCCAAAGGACAUCAACGACACAAUAUCACACGUAAAAUCCAAUCGCACCAUCUCGUUUGUGGAGUGGUGCCCGACUGGCUUCAAGGUUGGAAUCAAUAAUCAACAACCAUCGCUUGUGCCUGGUGGUGAUUUGUCUUUGUCAACCAAGGCAUGCUGUAUGUUAGCCAAUUCAACGGCAAUUGCUGAGGGAUUUAGUCGCAUGAAUGCAAAAUUCGAUUUGAUGUACAGGAAACGCGCAUUUGUUCAUUGGUAUGUUGGCGAAGGAAUGGAAGAGGGUGAAUUUGCCGAGGCUCGUGAAGAUUUGGCCACGCUAGAAAAGGAUUACGAAGAAGUGGGCACCGAUGACGUUGAAGAAGAAUUCGAUGAUGGCCAAGAAUUCACAGAAUAUUAAAUAUUGUAUGGAUUUAUCACGCGAAUCCAAAGAAUUGUAUUAUUUGUUAUCCGUUUGUGCAUUGAAAAUGAUUAGAAUCAAAAAAAAAAAUACUGUCAAACAGAACAUCAAAAUACGGAGCAUAACGGAACUUUCAGUAAAUAGGUAGUGUCUCAGAGAGAGUCAAAAUGUUUUCGACCAUGUCUUUUUUUCUCAAUAAAUCAAAUAGAAAUUCGAAAAAUCUUGA